ACGGAAUUAACCACCGCCACUGUUUUCGUCGCGGCGUCCAGAAUGGAGUGCGCAAAGCCCUCCGUCGUCUCCACGCUGAUCAUCCUCGUCUUCGCGGUGACCGCGGAACCAGGGAUCGUCGCGUUGAAGCUGGAGCCGACUGGCACGAGCGCCCACUUCCCGCCUCUCCUCGACUGCGCUCUGGCUCCUGCGGCUGCGGGUGCCGUUGCGGCGCCCUCUAACAACCUCAGCGCGUUCCGCGACAACGUGCUGUCACUCCUCGGCGCGCUUCCGGCGGCCGCCGCGGCCGCGCCCACGGGCUUCGCCGCGGCGCAGUCCGGCGGCGACGACCACGCCUUCGCGCGAGCGUUCUGCUUCGGCUUCGGCGCGCGUCGCGGCUCCUCCCCUGACAACUGCCUGGAAUGUCUGUCCGCCGCCGUAGAGGACGUCGCCGACGGAUGCCACGGACGCCGCGGGGCGGUCUGGCGCGCCGGCUGCUUCCUCUCGUACGCGGACACCAACGCGUCCACGCCCCGGGAAGACGUGUUUCGCGGCUGGUUCUACGACGACGACGACGACGACACGCCGACCGCGGCGCUGGGCAGCCAGUGCGUGGCCACCAGCACGGCGGCGGAGUGCUCGCGGUGCCUGAACGAGUCGGCGCAAGUGGUUCCAAAGCUCAAGGAAGGGAGGCGGCUGUCGUUGGUCCACGGCGACGCGGUGGUGGUCGUCGGCUACUCCUGCUACCUGCGCGUCCCGUUAUUCCCUCCAAGGCCGCGGUCGGCGAACUACGUUUUUGGAGUCUUCGCAGUCUUUGACGUGGUUGGGCUAGUGAUAAUCGAAGUUGUGGGGCUUCUGUUCUGCAUCGACGUAGCUCGGGAGUUUAAUCCAGCAUGAGGUGGCCGCUGCGGAUCAUGAUGAAGGUUACCAGCAAUGGUCGAUUAGUGGAUCCUACGUUACUGUAUAUCCUAGUGCCUGAGCCUGUCUCUGCUAGAGGAAAACCCAAGUACUGAAAGCUCUACCUCUCAAUAUUCUUCUUCAGUGAACAGUUUGCUAGUUCGAGUUUUCUCUGCUCAUGUUCAUGUGAUUUUGAUCUAGCAGUGAGACUGGUAGCACCAAUCAUUAGUAACU